UGAACAAAUAGAAACCACGGUGCAGAAUCAAGAAACCGUCAAUCAUUCUGAUGAGCAGCAGCCUGAUCUGUCCUCUGAUGUGUCAUCUGGAGACAAGCAAAGAGCAAUUGAAAUGAACUUUGGACAGCAGCGUGGAUGGCAUGAGGAGACUGUAUUGAGUCCCACUGCUAUUGCCCCGACAGCAAGGUCCCUGUCUAAACAAUGCUGUUAGACUCUGGUGGUGGCAGGACAAGACAGUCAAGAGAUGUAACAGAUGGUUCCCACAUCCUAAACUCCUUUACGCAGAAGUCACUGGUUAAUUUGACAAUCGUGAAACUGAUCGGACAUUGAUAUGGAAAAGGGAUCUCGCACUUUCAGGACAGUUUAAGAGCUCGGCAGUAUAAGAUAAGCACAGCAUGCCUCGAAGUCCAACGUCAAGUGAAGAUGAAAUGGCACAAAGCAUUUCUGAUUAUUCUGUUGAAUCUGAAUCUGACAGCUCAAAGGAAGAAACAAUCUAUGACACUAUCAAAGCAACAGCAGAGACGCCCUGUGCCAAGAUGGAUGACAUACAGAACAAUACAUUGGUCAUCAGGAUCAUCAUUCCUGACUUGCAGCAAACGAAAUGCAUGAGAUUUAAUCCUGAUGCUACCGUGUGGGUGGCCAAGCAACGUGUCCUGUGUACUCUGAAUCAGAGUUUGAAAGACGUGCUGAAUUAUGGCCUGUUCCAACCAGCAAGCAAUGGAAGAGAUGGAAAGUUCCUGGAUGAGGAAAGACUGCUCAAAGAAUACCCUCAGCCAAUAAACAAGGGCGUUGCCUCGCUAGAGUUUUCUUACAAGAAAAGAGUCUACAGGCAAGGCAACAUUGAUGAAAAGCAACUUGCAAAGGUGCAUACAAAGGCCAACCUUAGGAAAUUUUUGGAUUACAUUCAGCAUCGUUCAAUUGAGAAAAUCACUAAACUAUUGGAUAGAGGACUGGACCCUAAUUAUUAUGACGCAGAGAAUGGAGAAACUCCGCUGACAUUAGCCGCUCAGCUGGACAGCUCAGUGGAGGUCAUCAAAGCUCUCAGAAAUGGGGGCGCACAUUUGGACUUCAGAGCCAAGGACGGCGUAACAGCUGUACACAAAGCAGCGAGGGCGAGGAAUCAAACUGCACUCAUGACUUUCCUGGAACUGGGAGCUUCUGCAGAUUAUAAAGACUGUCGAGGCCUGACUGCACUUUAUCACACUGCGAUGGUAGGAGGAGACCCUUAUUGCUGUGAACUGCUGCUCCAUGAACACGCCUCAAUUGGUUGCAAGGAUGAGAAUGGAUGGCAGGAAAUCCACCAGGCUUGUCGUUAUGGUCACGUCCAACAUCUGGAGCAUCUGCUGUUCUACGGGGCUGAUAUGAGAGCACAGAACGCUUCUGGAAACACAGCUCUGCACGUGUGUGCACUUUAUAAUCAGGAAAGCUGUGCCCGGGUUCUGUUGUUUCGUGGAACCAACAAGGAAAUAAAGAAUUACAACAGCCAGACACCUUUUCAGGUGGCUAUCAUUGCAGGAAACUUCGAGCUGGCUGAGUUUAUUAAGAACCACAAGAAAACGGAUAUUGUGCCCUUUCGAGAGGCACCGACCUAUUCGAAUCGAAGGCGGGGGCCUCAGAACACUCUCUCGACCCCACGUGUUUUGCUUCGUUCCAACAGUGACAACAACCUGAACAUCAACGACAUACAAGACUGGCCAGCCAACAAAUCUGCCACUUCACACCGGAGCCUGUCACCACAACUACUGCAACAGAUGCAGAACAAUCCCAAUGGCACUAUAAAGAGUGGGAGUGGUACCCAUGGCUCCCGCAGCCGUUCACCAUCCCUGAAUAGAAUUGGAGAGGAAGUCAAGAGAACGCAGCAUCGACAGAUCAGUCCUUCUGUUAAUAAAGAGUCGGUCUCCGAAUUGGAACACCAAGGAUCCAAACGCAAACUCUAUAGUGCAGUUCCUGGAAGGCAAUUUGUUGUUUUGAGGUCGUAUCAGCCUCAAGGAGAUGGGGAGAUUCCCCUCCACAAAGGAGAUAGGGUGAAAGUUCUGAGUAUUGGGGAAGGAGGAUUCUGGGAAGGUAGUACACGGGGACAUGUUGGAUGGUUUCCUUCAGAAUAUAUUGAAGAAGUUCCAGCAAAUGAGGCCAAACCAGAAACCCGUACAGACAGAGCGAAGAAAUUAUUUAGGCACUACACUGUUGGAUCCUAUGACAGUUUUGAUGCCACAAGUGACUGCAUCAUCGAGGAGAAAACAGUGGUCCUGCAGAAAAAAGACAAUGAAGGCUUUGGCUUUGUGCUUCGUGGGGCGAAAGCUGAUACACCAAUUGAGGAAUUCACACCAACCCCAGCCUUCCCUGCUCUUCAGUACUUAGAGUCAGUAGAUGAAGGUGGAGUAGCAUGGCAAGCAGGAUUAAGAACGGGUGAUUUCUUGAUAGAGGUCAACAAUGAAAACGUAGUGAAAGUUGGCCACAGACAAGUGGUAAACAUGAUCCGACAUGGAGGAAACCACUUGAUCUUAAAAGUGGUCACAGUAAGCAGAAAUCUUGACCCAGAGGAUACAGCUCGAAAGAAAGCCCCACCACCUCCGAAGCGAGCGCCCACGACUGCUCUAACAUUGCGGUCGAAGUCUAUGACCUCGGAACUCGAAGAUCUAGCUACUUUACGGAAAAAGCGGAGUGAUAUUGAUCCAUCACAUUUAGAGGGUUUGAAGAGGAGGACUGCCUUUCAAACCACACUAAACAAACUAGAUGAAGUUGUGCCAAACUCCAAACAGUCGAGGGCUGCAGAAAACGUAAUGUCAGACUCAAGAGUUGCAACAAUCAAACAGCGUCCAUCAAGCAGGUGUUUUCCUUCUACUUCAGAUGCAAAUUCAAUCUAUGAUCGUCAAGGUAUUGCUGUUAUGCCUCCUACUGUUCCUGAAAGCUCUAAUAGCCCCUAUCUAGGAGUACCACGGGGAACCAUGCGAAGGCAAAAAUCCAUAGGUAUGUUAGAAGAAGAGAAACAAUUUUUAGCUCCUCCAUUACUAAAAUUUACAAGGAGUCUGUCAAUGCCAGACACAUCUGAAGACAUUCCACCUCCACCAUCAGUUUCCCCUCCUUCACCUCCUUUUCCACCAAAAUCUCCUGCUCCAAGGGGUUACGGUACAAUCAGACCAAGUUUCAACCAUAAUUCUGGGAUGAGAUCCAUCAAUUCAAACCGACCAGGGAACACAGGAACACUCAAUACAGACCGAACAAAGAGAGAGAAAGUGAUGUUUUACAGACAAGAGUCCUCUGAUCAAUAUUCUGUUGACUCCGAAGAACAGUACAAACAUAAUAUUCCUCCCCUGCAGCAAAACGUCAGAAACAGGAGGAGCAACAUGCCAGAAAAUCCAUAUUCUGAUGUUGGAAAUUCAGCAAAUAAAGCGGUUUACGUUCCUGCCAAACCAGCCAGAAGAAAAGGACAGUUGGUAAAACAGUCGAAAGUUGAAGACAGCCCAGAAAAGACCUGCUCCAUUCCCAUCCCUACCAUUAUUGUGAAAGAACCUUCGACAAGCAGCAGUGGUAAGAGCAGCCAAGGAAGCAGCAUGGAAAUCGACUCGCAAGCUUCGGAAAACCAGGGUCAGCUCCGGCCAGAUGACAGCUUCUGUAAUCCUUUUGCGGCCGCCAUUGCCGGUGCGGUUAGGGACAGGGAGAAGAGAAUCGAGGCUCGGCGCCACUCGCCUGCGUUCCUUUCAACAGAUCUCGCCGACGAAGAUGUUGGCCUCAUGCCACCGAGUCCACGGUUGAGACAUUCCAAAUCCAUUGACGAAGGGAUGUUUAGUGGUGAAGAACGUUACCGUCAGUUCAUGGUUCCAUUGGGCGCAAAUUACAGCGGCACGGAAACUGGCAAUCAACGGAUGUCAAACACAAGGAUACUUAAUGUUGCUACUAAAACGGAAAUUAUUGAAGAUAAUGCAGGAAGUGAAAACAUUUAUAAUGCAUCAAAUGUACCCAACAUUAACAGUAAUUACGUUCAUCCAGUGAGUGGCAAAGUAUUGGAUUCAAACUCCCCGCUAGCCCUCGUUUUUGCUGCAAGAGAUCGAGCGAUGAAGGACCAAUCGCUGCAAAACCAUAGCAAACCCGAACCUGCAAAGACUGACCUAAUAAAACCACUUUACAUCGACACAAAGUUGAGGUCAAACAUGGAAACUGCAGCGGCCGCCUCUGCCUCUCUCACCAGGCAGAACCAAGCCGGCUCUUCAGCUACGCUGAGAAAAGAGAUGAAUUUGAAACCCGAAACGGAAGCGAGUAAAGAAGAUNAAAAAGGCGACGACAAGAAAAACAUGCUCAUCGAUAUUGUGGACACCUCGCAGCAGAAGACAACGGGAUUACUCAUGGUGCAUUCAGUCGCUGGAGCAAAGCCCGACAACUCGGGCCAGAGCGGGAACGGAGAGAGCAAAACCGAGAACUUGCCGGCAGACACCACGCUGAACAGAAGCCAAGUUGCGAGCAAGGCUUCAGAGUCGAAAAAAGCAGAAACUCCCAUUUCGGCUGGCAAAACGAUCAUUACUAUUAGUUCAGUGGAAGAUUCCACAGUUUUACCCUUCCGCAUACCACCGCCCCCGCUUGCGUCCAUCGAUGUGGAAGAAGACUUUAUAUUUUCAGAACCUUUACCUCCGCCGUUGGAAUUUGCAAAUAGUUUUGAGAGUUCCGAGGAUCCCCCAACAGUCCAAUCUCUGUCGGAUUUAUUAAAGCAGAAUAAAGGGAUGGUUUCCUCUUCUUUGUCGUUGCACAACAGGGAGACGAUCAACUCAUCGCAGAUUUCUUCAGACAGUAAAAAGCAAGCUGGUCUUUCCAAUUCCUUACCCGCUACCUGCCCAAAGCCAGAAGCUUUUGAUAAUGUAGUUGAUUCAGGGAUAGAAGAAGUUGAUAGUCGAAGCAAUAGUGACUAUCAUUUGGAAACGACUAGCACUAUAUCUACAGUCUCGAGUAUCUCAACAUUGUCUUCAGAGGUUGGCGAAAACUUAGAUACAUGUACAGUCUAUGCAGAUGGGCAGACUUUUUUGAUUGACAAACCUCCAGUUCCUCCAAAGCCAAAAGUCAAGCCCAUUAUCAACAAAAAUAAUGCAAUUUACAAGGAUGCUUUGAUAGAAGAAAACCUAGAUAGUAUGUUCAUCCCACCACCUGCACCUCCUCCCCCAUCUGGUGGUGUACAGUGCGAAACACAUAAAACUUCACAGCAGAGGACCUCAAAGCUAUGGGGUGAUGCACCGGAUACAAAAUCCCCCGUCACACCAGAUGCAAAGGCAAAUGUCAUUAGUGAAUUAAACUCAAUCCUACAACAAAUGAACAAGGAAAAGGUGCCCAAACCGACAGAGGCCUUGGAUUCCCCUACAGGAUCGAGAGGAGCGGCAUUUGGAAUAAGGAGUCCUGAUGGAUUGAACAAUACUUCAGAUGCACAAAGGAACGCAACUGUAACUUUCACAAUCCGACCUGGAACAAACCAACCGAUAACAGUGCAGAACAGGACGUCAGAUUUUGACAGUAUGACAAUUUUGAAACGGGCUCCGAGUCCUGUGGCCUCACUAACGGAAACGUGUCAAGCAGCCAGGCCUUCCUCUCUCCCAACUAUACCCUCAUCAUCUACCCUCUCUGAUGCCUUUGGCCAAAGUCAACCGGUUACUGGGGACGGACGAUUUGUCAUCCAGCCAGGCCGCAGUCGGUCUCCGUCACCCUCUACAUUGCAGACGCCAGUCUCCAACAAACCUUUCACAACCAAGCCUGUCCAUCUUUGGACUAAACAGGACGUAGCAGAUUGGCUAGAAACCUUGAACCUUGGAGAGCAUAAAGAUGCAUUUUUGGAUAAUGAAAUAGAUGGAACCCAUUUACCAUCGCUUCAGAAAGAAGACUUAAUAGAUCUUGGAGUGACUAGAGUUGGUCAUCGAAUGAACAUAGAACGAGCUUUAAAACAGCUGUCAGACAGAUAGACAAAUAUUCAUUUGGAUGCUUUAAUCUACAACUGAAAGAUUAUUUCAUUAUUUUUGUCAACAGUCUACAUUCACCAUAGCUCUGGCUGGAAUAUAAUGUGUGACUGAAAUAUUUUUAAACGCUCAGCAUGAACAUUUGUUCAAAUAAGCCUCUAGUACAUUUAUAAGCACAAUAAGUUGACCGUAUCAGUGGCCCAUCAGCCUGGUAACGACAGGCGCCACUGGUAUGCUGAGAAGAAUAGUGCAAAAGUGAAGAUCCUUUUGUGAUGUAAAUAUACUACAGCAUAAUCUAUAUUUUGAACAAUGACCUUUUAAUAUUGACCUCACUUGGACAUGUGUCUUAAUGAUACUGUAGUUGAACCAGCAGAGCUGUGUUAUACUUUCUAUCUUUGCUAGUACAGUAUUUCUUCACAAGGAUCACAGUCAAUAAUGUAGAAGAUGUGCAGCAAAUCAGCUAAACGUAUUUCACUUCUCUACCUUUCCUUUGGACAAAGGUGAUGCCGACCAGAAUUCUUUCCUUUCUGCUGAUCUCAGUCUUUAUCAUUUCCAGCAUUGUGAAAAAAAAGUAAGAAGCUCUUUAACCUUUUCACAUUUUGACAUAAUUUCGUAUUACUCUACAACGAUGGGUGCAGGAGGGAGGUGGGCACUGUUGUAGGAUUUGUUGAGUUUUCCUUGAAAGCUAAUACAGAUUUUUUGCUAUGUCUUUCCAAUGCUGUUGACAGGAGCAGCUUUUGAUAACAGUGACAAGGGUGUUGAAACUAAUCAUUAUUGUCUUCCAUUAGAGUGCAGGUGAUUUACCACAAUUAUUUACUAGAGCGAUGGGAAUGCUCUGAAUGGGCCAUGUCAUUGUUCAGUUGCAGAGCAGAUGGGAUUUGCUCAUUCAAGCUGUGCCAGAAACACAUCUCGCUUAUUGGAAAUGAAAAGGAUUUAUAUUUGUCAUUUUAGCUGCUAUUUUUCACAGCUGUAUAGGUUUAUUCUGGUUAAUGAUAUGUAAUGUAAUGUAUUCCAAUCAAGGAUAUAGCUGCACAGUAAAUUAACUUUUGAAUGUGCUUUGCCAAAUGACAGGAAAAGUUCAACCUGAGCAGAUUGCUUUGUAAGGCAAUAGUAGUCGUGAAAGAUACAGCCUGGCCUUUUUUUUAUUAUUAUUAAUGCUGGACAAAAUGUCAUAAUUCCCAGCAUAAAAGAUUAAUUAUACAGUAGAAAGGGCAGGUGUUAGACACAUUCUUACCGCCACCUUAUGUAUUCACACUUUAGGUCUGCAUUUGUUACAUAUUGUAAUUAAAAUUUGCAAUUACAUGCUUAGUUUGUGAAAUAAUUGUGUAUACAGUACCAAAUCUCAAGAUGUAAAUUGUGUAUAACAUAGAGGCCUCCCUGUUCACAGGAGACUGAGUGCAUUUCAUACUAUUAACUUUGACAAAAAUGAUUAGCUGUGACUGUUGGAACAUUUUAAUUCACAGGUUUUACAUUUUGCACAGCUCUUAGUAUUUAUUUGUGGUACUUAUCAUUUAGCUAUAUACUGUAGUUGAUUCACUGACUUCUCUGUAAUUGCAGCUGCAAAAUUAUCCCAGUUGAUCUGGCAAUGAUUACAUCAAUGAGCCUACAAUAUCAUUUUCUUUACAAACAAUAGUAAUUUAAUUUUUGCUAGUGUGUUAAGGUGUAUCUCACUAUAAUUUGUGUAAAGACUUGUGUUCAGGUUAUUAAUGUUGCUGUAAUUUCUGUGAUUUAUAUAUCCUUAACAAGAAUUCAUUAAGAGCUCCUGUAACUGCACUUUCCCCAACUCCUUAAUAAUCUUGUAUGGCAACCAAAUUAUUAUAAGAAAUAAAUAUUAUGCCGAAUUAAAGUUGUAUUUUUGACUGAAGAUAUCAAUACGUUUUAAAAGAAUUGAUCUCCAUUCUGUUUCCCUAACUAGGUUGUGUUUCCAAUAACCAAAUCACUUAAAUUUUAGUUUAACUGGCUCAAAAAAAAUGCACACCAUUAUAUUCUUUCAAUUUCCCCCUAAUUCUUUUCUAUCUUUUCUUAGGUCCUUCAAUAUAUAGUAUGCAUCUUUUUACUGACCAAGAGAGCAGAGAGGCAACUUAAUGUUGAAAAUGUUUAACUUUUUUUUAUUAAAAAGAGAACUGUAUUCAAACAAUGAAUAAGAAAACAGUCGACUUAAAUCAGUCCUGUGAAAUGUAAUGGAAAACUUUUGAGAGACAUAUAGUAUUGAAGGAAUCAGCUUGUGUUUUAGAGUUUUCCUAAUGCAACGAUGAAAGUUGCUCAUUGAAUUGACCAAAUGACAUGUAUGUGAUUUGCUGAGUGUUAAUUAACGGAUGGGAGAGAAGGACAGCAUUGUGUUUUUUGAUGUAAAUGAGCUGGAGACAACCUGGAAAGGAUGUCGUUGAGAGACAUUGGAGGGUUGUAAAAAAAAUAAGUCUCGCAAAUGCCAAAAAGUUGAAGACAGCAGCAGUGUCGCAGGUUAAUGUUAACAAGAGUUAUCCACUCAUUGCAAAAUCUUCAAUUGAUUUUUUUUUAAAAAAAACCUUCACCAUGUGAAAGUCACUGACUGCAGAAGUCUCCUCGCCCUUCGAAACAGGCAGUCACCUUCACCGCAGCAUUCCCACCUAACUUCAACAAACCCGGUUGAAGUCAGGUGGCCACAGUUCUUUAGCAAGUCACCAACCAAAUGAUUUCAGUACUGUAAUUGUUUAGUUUUAACAUUUUUUGUUAGUGAUUGGAAUGGAAAUGCCACUGUGAGCUUAUGCAAAAUGUGAAGUGAGUGUUU